UAAAAAAAAUUAAAUUGAAAGGUUAACCUCUGUUAAAAAUAGUAAAGUUUGUAUAUGCUGUGGUUGAAAUCAGGUCUAUAUUCAGGUGUUGUGAAACUUGAAGAUAGUUAUGGCAGAAAAUAAAGAAGGUUCCGACUGUUACGAUGACGAGAUGGCCGCCCUAUUAGACGAUGCAUUGGGUGAUUUUGAAAAGCCAACAUCUAGUGCCGUAUCGAAUUCAAGCGAAGAGAAGCAAGACAGCAGCGCCGUUGGUGACGAUGCUAAAUGGACCGAAGAGUUUCUGAAGCAGGCAACUGCCAAUCUAGAGCAAAGUAUGGGCCCGUUCUUGGAGGCUAUAGAUUCAGAUGAAGGGUUGACACCAGCACAGUUAGCGGCUCAGAUUCAUAAACUAGCUGAAGUUGCGGGGAGCACCUUGGGAGAGAAUGAGGGAAAAGAUGACACCGAGUUUUCUGCAGCCAUAACACAGACACUUAAAAGUUUGUCGGAAGGUAGGGAGAAUCUAAACAAUCCGUUGUCUGAGGACGAGUUAAAAAAUAUGCUGGGUAAUCUGGGUUUGGGUGACACUGAUGAGAGUGGAGAUUUCAUGCCCUUCAUGCAACAGAUUUUGCAGUGUAUCUUGUCGAAGGAAAUUCUAUACCAACCCCUCAAAGAUCUGGCUGACAAGUAUCCAGAGUGGUUAGCGAAAAACGAAAGCAGUGUAGAACCAGCAGAACUACAGCGCUACAAAAAGCAUAGUGAUUUGAUCGAAGAGGUAUGCAAAGAACUUGAGCAAGAAUCUGAAGGUGAUAGUGCAGAUGUAAAGAAGCAAAGAUUCAAUAAAGUUAUGAAUCUCAUGCAGAAGAUGAGUGAUUGUGGACAGCCUCCGAAAGAGCUUGUUGGCUCUAUAGGAAAUGUUUCUGAACAAUUAGUUAAUCAGUUACCUCCUGGUUUUGAUGUGUCACAAUGUUGUCUUAUGUAACAGGGGCUUGUUGAUACAUUUAUAGGAAGUGGGUACUGGUAAUUGAUAAUAGUUACAUUAACAUGGUUUGAACCACUGUAAUUUAAUAAUUUAUUCCUUCAAAAAAUGAUAAACUCUUAGCUUUUUCAUAUAUGGCAAAUCAAAUGCCAAUUACUCAAAUAGAUAUUUGCUUUAAAAUCA